CUAACCUACAGCUUGACGAUGUCCUAGAGACGGCCCUAUCUCGGUAUAGAGCGUUCACCACAUCCCUACGAAUCCUAUGGUAUCCUUCUAGUAUUUGAUAUCCAGACGCCGCACCCCUGAUCCACAUCAUGCCCAAACCAGCCGCGAAGUGUUUGGGUUCUCUCACAACAGAACACCAGGUAUGAUUUCCUGCAGGUUACUACCAUGUUAAUUAGCUGUGGGAUGAGGAUCUUACUGGUGGGUUAAUUCCCACUGGGCCACAAAACCUGGCAUACACUAUUGGAGGAUUUUGUGGGGGCUAUUACUGGACUACAGUCUGUUUGAUAUGCACAAUCCUGCUGGUCAUGCACGGAGCGACAACACUCGGCUGCAGACACCAUGUCGAGCUGAGCAGAACAUGUGAAAGUGGGCACGCUUUUUGUCGGUGGUUCCCAUGGAUCAGCUUCUUCCUAAUCGACCAACGCAGCGAGUAUCCUGGUUUGACCCCGACAACACUUUUUGCCGAAUCCGCAAAGAAUGUGGGGAACCCGAUAUUGAUUGCAACGCGGGGAGAAUCCGGAGAAGGAUUGAAUUUGAGGAGGGAGUAAUUAUGUGGAUUGAACAGUCAGAUUCAAUGUAUAUAAAGGCAGCCAAUUCCAGCGGUAACCAUGUACAGGUGGGAUCCUGCAAUAACAACGAAAAAAGAAAAAAAAAAUGCACCUCAAAGCUCUAACGGUCUCCCUCCUCUCUUACUCCCUCCUCAUCGCCUCCCUCCCCCUAACACCCCGGAAUCAAACCCCGCUCAAUAGCCUAAUAACAGCCGUCCUUGAGCACGUCCCCGCCAUAAACGGCACCAUCAAUGCUGUCGUCGGCAUCCUAACCGAUUUCGAGACACUCGUCGCCGGCAUCACCAAGGCGCAGACAACAUACAACGAGGUCGACGACUCCAAGCCCUGCACAGAGUACACCCUCAUUUUUGCACGGGGGACCACCGAACCUGGCAAUGUCGGCAUCCUCGUUGGACCCCCGCUGAUCAACGCUUUGAUUGAGAAGGUGGGGAGCGACGCUUUGACUGUGCAGGGGGUUAAUAACUAUCCUGCCACUAUUGGGGGGUAUACGGCUGGCGGAGAUCCUCAGGGGAGUGAGGAGAUGGCAUCUGAAAUCGAAAAAGUACACUCCACCUGCCCCGACACCCAUCUCAUCGCAUCAGGAUACUCGCAGGGUUCGCAGCUCGUUCAUAAUUCCAUCGCCAAGCUGCCUGCCGCCACGGCAGAGUGGAUUAGCAGUGUUCUUGUCUUCGGGGAUCCAGAUGACAACGACCCAAUUCCCAACGUCGAUUCGUCCAGGGUCUUCACGGCUUGCCAUGAUGGCGAUAAUAUCUGCCAGGAUGGGGAUCUGAUCUUGCCUGCACAUUUGACAUAUGCGGAGAAUGUGAGGGAUGCGGCUGCGUUCGCGGUGUCUGCUGCUUCAUCGUGAUUCCUAUGGAUCCUCUACGGGAUGGGACCUACCGGUACAGCGCUGUACUUAACAUGGAGACAAGAUUGUAUAUACCUUCUUGAGUUUAAGUAUAUAUCUGCCUGUGUGUGGAUGUCUAGGGCACUGCAUUUCCUUCGGGAUGGCACACUACUUUGAUCGUAAGUUGUUUCCCCGGCAGCGAAGGCAAACAGUCCCGAGAAGAGGAUGAAAAGGAGGAAAAUAAUCUGGCAGACAUGAAGGGCAGGCGCAGUGAUGGAUUGCAUCAGAGCACUGAGCAAUUGGGAAGUUCAUUCCUGCAACCUUGAGAAGCACUUUCGGCGCAGCAUCGAGAUGAUAUUCCUGUGUAAGCUAGUUUAUAACCAGCAUUGGUUUUAGUGGUAUCUGUGUUAGCAGGUUGCAUUCUAGAUCAUUCAUGUUCAUCUUCAGUCAAAU